AUGCCCGAGGCCAGCGGAUUAACAGCUAGCGGCCUCAUGGAGUCCAUCAAGCCGGGUGAGGUGAUUCUGCAGAAGCUCUUCUACGAGUUCACCGUUCUCGCCGACAAGAAGAUCGACCAGGUGUUGAACAAUGAGCCACUUGAGCGACCGCUUGCCAAGUCUCUUCAACGCGGCGAAGAUCCCAUUUUUGAUCAGCUUUUGACCGCUUUCGGCGCCGCUGCCGAACACUGUCUGCCAUCGCAGCUACGAGUCCUGUACGAAUGGCACGAACGACAGCUCUCACCAACCACCGCCUUCUUUGAGGAUAAUCAGCGGCUAAUUAAGUCAGCAACAGAUUCUCCGGAAAUCGACCUCUUUUACAUUUUAGAAAAGCGUGAUCUGGCCAUUGAGUUCAUCUUUUGUUUGGUGCUCAUUGAAGUGCUCAAGCAGCUACCUCUGCACCCUGGAUAUGACGACCUGACGACCCAUAUCGAGAAUCUUGCCUUUAAGCACUUUAAAUUCCGCGAGGAUGUCUCCAAUCCGAAUCUCUACAACAUCAACAUGAUCGCUGACUUGUACGCCGAAGUGAUCGGCGUCCUCGCUCAGUCCCGUUUCCAGUCAGUUCGAAAGCGCUUCAUGAAUGAGUUCAAAGAGCUCCGCGCCAAAGAGCCUUCUCCAAUUACGACGCACAGUAUCAUCUCACUGCUGAUGGGCAUGAAGUUCUUUCGCGUAAAGAUGGUGCCCAUCGAGGAGUUUGAAGCCAGCUUUCAGUUCAUGCACGAGUGCGCCGUGUACUUCAUCGAAGUCAAAGACAAGGACAUCAAACACGCUCUGGCCGGUUUGUUUGUGGAGAUUCUCGUGCCUGUCGCCGCCACGGUGAAAAAUGAAGUGAAUGUGCCCUGUCUGAAAAACUUUGUGGAGCUUCUCUACGGAGCCGUCGUGGACUUGAGCACCAAAAAGAAGCACAGUCUGGCGCUUUUUCCGCUGGUCACCUGUCUCCUCUGUGUGUCACAGAAGAGUUUCUUCCUCAACAACUGGCACUACUUUGUCGCCAUGUGCCUCAGCCACCUGAAGAACCGCGACCCGAAGAUGUCCCGAGUGGCCCUUGAGUCGCUGUACCGUCUGCUGUGGGUGUACAUGAUUCGCGUCAAGUGCGAGUCCAAUGCCUCCACCCAGGUCCGCCUGCAUUCAAUCGUCAACUCGCUCUUUCCCAAAGGAUCAAAGGGCGUCGUGCCGCGAGACACUCCGCUGAAUAUUUUCGUAAAGAUCAUCCAGUUCAUCGCCCAGGAGCGCCUUGACUUUGCGAUGAAGGAAAUAGUCUUUGACUUGCUCUCCGUUGGACGACCCUUCAAGAUCAUAAUGACGCCGGAGAGGAUGAGCAUCGGCUUGAGAUCUUUUCUCGUUGUGGCCGACAGCUUGCAGCAAAAGGACGGCGAACCACCGAUGCCUCGCUCCCUGGGCGUUCUCCCUUCAGGCAACACACUUCGCGUGAAGAAGACUUUUCUCAAUAAGAUGCUCACUGAUGAGAUGGCAAAGAACAUUGGCAUGAACCACUACUACCCGCACGUGCGAAAGACGCUGUCGGACAUUCUGCGCGCCCUUGACGUCCAGUUCGGCCGGCCCCUGAUGACGACCAACUUGGCGAACUUGAACAAAGAGCCCGAUGACAUGAUCACCGGAGAGCGGAAGCCGAAGAUUGACCUCUUUCGGACGUGCAUUGCCGCCAUUCCUCGCCUCAUCCCCGAUGGAAUCUCAAAGACGGACCUCAUCGAGCUGCUCUCCCGCCUCACCGUCCACAUGGACGACGAGAUGUGCGUCCUGGCGUUUCAGUCACUGCAAAACCUCAUCGUCGACUUCUCCGACUGGCGAGAGGACGUCAUUGAUGGCUUUGUGCACUUUAUCCUCUACGAGAUUGGCGACCACUUUCAGCCGCUGAUUGAGAACGCCCUGAAGAUGCUCUACCAGCUGCUCACCAGCUGGAAGAAUGUCAUUCAACAGCAGCUCGGGAAGAAGGUGGUCACCAGUCCUGAAGGGGUCAGCUCGGUGAACACCACCGUGCCCAUGCUGUCGAAGAGUAAGCUCGAGCAAAUUGGAACAGUGCUGUACAAGGUGGACGCCCUCAGUCUGGUCAUGCUCUGCUACUGCCGACAGCCGUCGAGGAAGCUGGCUGCCUUGAUUCUCAAGGAGUCGAAGAUCAUCUCCAAUGUGGUGACCGCCUCUGUGAUCAGCCACACAGCUGACGGACAGGCGUUCACUACGCGCAUCUACGACGAGCCAGUCGCCAGUGUCAUCGACGCCGUCUGUCCGAACAUCAUCGAGAACUGCUUUCCCUACCUGACCUCCAGUGAGCGGGCGGCCAUCAUCUCAAUGUCGUACCAGGUGGACCUGCAGUGGCUGGCAGAGCGCGGCGGCGCCUCCUGGGUGCUCUUUGAGCGCGUCUCUGACACCAAUCUCAGCGCCAACCUCACCGGGGCGACCGACUCGGGCCGGUCCAGUGAGACGCGAAGUGACUCGCGAGCCGGCUCAAGCGUCACCUCGAUGACGCAGUCGUCGAUUGGCGUGCCCAGCGCCACGGGCACCGUCUCCUCGACGCAGUCAAUGACCAGCUCGAUGAGCUCGGCCAUUGGCCAGAGCAUUGCCGACAAUUCCUCCUUGUCGGCGGACUCCUCUUCGUCCGCCUCGCCGGCCGACGACGAGCUGAAGCUGAACGCCUGGAGCACCUGUCUGAUGGCGAUGCUGCAGGAGGCGGUGAUGAAGCACUGUCCCAGUGUGACCAGCUACUGCUGGCAGUUCGUCUUCCACCGACUGAAGUCGCUCUUCACGCAAAUCGACCCCAAUCCGGUGAAUGACAACCGGUCGCUCAUUCUGCGCGGCUCCACCUCCUCCUCCAAUCUAAAGCGCUCCAUCUCCUCCUUUGACCGCUCCUACUACAUUGAACUGUGGAAGAACUACCUGAUGAUGGCCUGCUCAGUGGCCCCUAGUUCCAUUGUUCGGCCGCCCACACCGACGCCGCCACCGCCACCUCCUCCUGCAAAGUACCCAAUGACAGGUCUUUCUCAGGUGAAUCCUCACGCGCUGGCCGACUUGCUGGAAGAGCUCUUUCACCACUUUCGUGAGUCCAUGGAACGAAAGCCAAAUGAAAAGGUGCGCGUUAAAAAGCGCCGUGAGCUGCUGUUCGUUCAGAUUGGACGACUCUUUAAGUUUAUCUCUGAGCGGAAGAUUUUUGCUCAAUGUCCAGUUGUGGUGGAUAGUAGUGGGGCGUUCAGUUCAGUGCUCAUUGACUACAUUGAGCGAAUGAGAGUCUUUCUAGAGGGGGAAAUCAAAUCUAGCGAAUCGUCCAGUUACGUCGCCGACAUCAAGCUAAGUUACUGCCACUUUGUGUGCAAUCUCAUCAAAAGCUUCCCCAUCAGUCAGCGCUCAAGCAAGAUCAGCCGAGAGAUGCGCCAGAAUCUGUUUCGCCUGUUUGCCAGCAUGAGCGGCAAGUACGGGCAGAUGUUCCUGCACGUCAACUACCAGUAUCCGCUGCAGACGCUGGACUUCAGCAAAAUCACCGAGUUGGAGCACCUGGCGACGCGAUCAAUGUCCACCGUCCUCUGCGCUGGGCCACUCUUUGACCAGAAGAAUCUGCUGGACGGCAACAGCCUGUACUUCUGGCUGACGUCGCUGCUCAACUCGCGAGAUCGCCGCAUGAAUGAGAUUGGCCUCGAGUCGCUCAUUCUCCUGCUGGAAAGUAAUCUGGAUGCUGGCCCACUUCUUGAAUGGCUUGUGGAGUGCUGCUACACGAAGAACGCCAAAAUCGCCGACAGUUGCUUCACAGCACUGGCCACCAUUUUCUCCAUUCGUGACUAUCCUUGCGACCGCUACAUUGCCAUCAUCAUCGUCACCAUUGUCAAUGUCGCCUGUCCGCGCAUUGAAAUCCAGCAACUGGCCCUGCAACUGCUGCAAAUUCUCGACAAUCGCUUCUUUACGGGCAGUAGCUCCUAUCGGUCGGAAGUUCGCGUGGGCACCGCCUUGGACAGCAGUCCGCGACUGCGGGCUGAUCAGGAGGGCAGUCAACAGCGUGGUCACGGCCACUUUCUGUCCACCGCGCGAUCCCAUCACCAGAGCGGUCACUCGGCACACAGCAGUGCGAUGGCGGCUGGACUGGAGCCACUGCUGCUCAACCUGUACCCGUGCACCCAGGCGAACAUUGCCAAGCGCAUGGCCUACCUGCAUCCGCAGCUGACGAUGAUUGUCUUCAGUGAGAUUACCUUCCGCUUUCAGACGGCUCGACCGACGGUGUGCCAAAAUCUGCUCAACUUUCUCGUUCCCUGGCUCUACAACAUGCAACUGGUCGACCCGACGGCAGCACUAACUGGUGGUGGAGGUGGCUCUACUGGAGUGGACCGACAGUCAGCCGCCAAUCCGCUGACAGAGUCACUUGAAGACCCGGGCACUCCGGACGUGUACUCGAGGAAUCAGUUUGAGGACCCAAUGCAGCACAGCUACGGCAGUCAGUUCCGCGAGGGCUGGGGUUCACACAGCUACGGCAGUCAGUUCCGCGAGGGCUGGGGCUCAGUGGAGUCCACCGAGAUGGUCCUCAACAACCUCUUCUACAUUACCAUCAAGUUCGGCGACGAUUAUGCGCCCGAGCUGGAGAAGGUCUGGUCGUCGUUGUGCGCCAAUCGUCCCAACAAUCUGAAGAUUAUCGUUCGGUAUCUCUUCAUACUGACCGGCCUGUCGCCGAACGAGCUGCUGCCGUACGCGAAGCGCAUCGCCAUCUAUCUCGCCAAGUCACAGCCUGAACACCUCAUUGACAUUCUCAUGACCGAGCUGCAGGCGGUGGAGUUUCUCAACUUUAACGCCGAGCGAACGGAAGCCUUUCCCUACUUUCGCAUUGUCAAUCGAAAGUGCUCCGCCUCGCAUCUGCUCGACGACGACACGCCCAAUGCCACUGCCAGGCGAACCGAUUCCACCUCAGGACGCGACGCAGGGACGCUGCACACCAAGCGACACAGCAAAGACCUGCACGGAAAGUACCUCGAUCAGCCGCCGGGUGGUGGUGAGUCGGCCAACGGCGGCGGCGGCGGCAGUACGACGGGCUUCAACUCCAGCAACAACACCUCCUCUGAGGAGUGCAAUCUCAUUGGCGAUUUGAACCUCUCCAAUGAUGACUCAUCGCUGCCCAUCUCCGAGCGAUGUACGAAGCCUUCGACGCCGCAGCCGAGGCCGCUGCCGAUGCCCGAGUACGGCGGGUACUACGCACCGCUGAAUGACUUUCUCAUGAGCACCAGUGGCAGCAUGGGCGGCUUCCACCGGUGCAAUCUGGCGCUGAUGCUCAUCACCGAGAUCAUCACGCAGGACAUCUCGGUGGUGGACUGGUCGCCGCACAUUCCGCUGAUGCUGCACAUUCUCUUCCUCGGCAUGGACCACUCCAAGGCAAUUGUCUACGAGCACUGUAAGCAGCUGCUGCUCAACCUGCUCAUCGUCACGACGAAGCACGGCGACAACCUCAACGUGGCUCGCAUCCUCCUCAACAACCGCAUUCUCCGGCAGAACUACGGACUGUCGAUGCCCUUUCAGUUUCCCUACACGCACCUCAACGUCAAUCUAAUGUCAGGUGGAGAUGAGACCGACUCGGCGGUGCAGGAGCUGGUCGAUCGAGGCACUGUUGCUGGGGCUUGCUCGGGCGGACAGACGGGGAAGACCGGCACGGUGGGCGCAAGCACCUCUGGGGAUCUUGAUCUGAACCGAAUCUUCACAAAAAGCACUGAAAAUGUCGUCAGCGCAAUGUCUCCGGCGACUGCAGCAACAGCCUCGGCGAGUGCCGCCACCCAGUCAGACACCGUCAACUUGACGGACAUUCAGCUGAAUAUUUCCGGUGAUAAGCUUUCUGAUUCAGGCAGCUCAGCUGAGCCGAACGGACGCGAAGGAGGCGGCGAGAAGCCGCUGAAGAGUCAGUUUCUCCAGCAAGCGGCGGACAAGUCUGCGGACGCAAGGCCAAAGUUUGAUCUGUACAUCAAAACGCUGAUUGACUUUAUCAGCUCUAAGCAGAACGUUCCCCUGUGGAACUACGAGGACAUCACUGCCAAGCUGUGGCAGAUUCGCUCCGCCGAGCAGAUGGAGUGCUUUGUGGAGCACGUUUUGGGCGUCUUCAAGGAGUCCAUUCCCUACGCGAAGAUACAGAACCGAUGGGCGGAAAUUGCGCUCCANGUCAACUUGACGGACAUUCAGCUGAAUAUUUCCGGUGAUAAGCUUUCUGAUUCAGGCAGCUCAGCUGAGCCGAACGGACGCGAAGGAGGCGGCGAGAAGCCGCUGAAGAGUCAGUUUCUCCAGCAAGCGGCGGACAAGUCUGCGGACGCAAGGCCAAAGUUUGAUCUGUACAUCAAAACGCUGAUUGACUUUAUCAGCUCUAAGCAGAACGUUCCCCUGUGGAACUACGAGGACAUCACUGCCAAGCUGUGGCAGAUUCGCUCCGCCGAGCAGAUGGAGUGCUUUGUGGAGCACGUUUUGGGCGUCUUCAAGGAGUCCAUUCCCUACGCGAAGAUACAGAACCGAUGGGCGGAAAUUGCGCUCCAGCUGGCGCUCAGCUGUUCAUCUCGUCACUACGCCGGUCGAUCGCUGCAAAUCUUUCGCGCUCUAAAAGUGCCAAUCAACAGUCGAAUGCUGUCGGAUAUUCUCUCGCGACUGGUGGAGACGAUCAGUGAGCAGGGCGAAGACAUGCAGGGAUACGUCACCGAGCUGAUGCUCACACUCGAGUCGGCCAUUGACUCGUUUGACUUUAAGCCGCGUGACAUUUUCGAGCUGAUCAAUGAAUACUUUCACUUUGAUAAUGCUGACAUUGAGGAGCACGAGGAGGAGGAGGACGGGGAGGGGGAGGGAAAGGAAGACAAUGGCGAACACGGCGAACUGAACUGUCAUCCGGAGGAGAUUGAAGACCACGAUCUAAUGCACGACACUGAACUGGAGCUGCCUGGCGUCGUUCCCAGCCAAGCAGCUACUACUCCCUCGGCCAUUGCGAGGAAGGACGGUCAGGAGGGCGAGGCGGAGGCGGCGGUGGUGGUGACACCGGGCGGCGCCUCAGAGGCCAAUGAAGCGUCGCUCCACUCGACCUCCUCCUCCUCGACGCUGGUCACCGGAACGGCGGGCAUCACNAAGGAAGACAAUGGCGAACACGGCGAACUGAACUGUCAUCCGGAGGAGAUUGAAGACCACGAUCUAAUGCACGACACUGAACUGGAGCUGCCUGGCGUCGUUCCCAGCCAAGCAGCUACUACUCCCUCGGCCAUUGCGAGGAAGGACGGUCAGGAGGGCGAGGCGGAGGCGGCGGUGGUGGUGACACCGGGCGGCGCCUCAGAGGCCAAUGAAGCGUCGCUCCACUCGACCUCCUCCUCCUCGACGCUGGUCACCGGAACGGCGGGCAUCACCACCUCUCAGUCGCACACCGACUCGCUCACCAACAAUGCUAAGCUGCUGUUGAAGAUGCCCCUGCGCAGCACCUCCUACUCGAUGUCCUUUCCCACAAGAAAGUUUAAUUUUCUAGAGGAGGGACGGCAGAGUGGUGGUGGUGGUAGCGGUGGUGGCGGGGGCAGCAGCACUCGCUUUAGGACCACUACUGAUGUCGACCAGUUUUACAGUGGAAAGACGGGUGCCGGCAAGACGGGAAUGGGGCGGUCGCAGUCGGUUCAGUCGCUGAUGAAGAAUGCCGGCGGAGACUUUGCCGACGCUGAGAUGCCCAACCAGGACGCGGCGUAUCAGUUUGACGACAAAACCUCAAUACUGGCGCAGUUCUUCUGGAUUGCCGUCACACUUCUGGAGACUGACUUUGAGCAUGAGUUUGCCCUGGCGCUGCGCCUUCUGGAGAAGGUUCUCUCAAAGCUGUCACUGGAAGACCUUGAAGUGCAGGACAAAAUUGAGAAGAUUCUCUUUCACUUCAAGUGGCACAACUUUCCGGGCGUUCACUCGCUUCUGCUGAAGGGCCUCGCUUCUCCGGGCAACUACGAGGCAACGAUUAGUUUGCUUCACAAGCUGACGCCGCUCUUGAGCAUUCCUGUCAUUGACCCGGACAAGAGCGACACUGCCUUUCCAUUUCACGUGAUGGCAAUGCUGCCGUACAUGCUGCACAACUACGAUGACCCCAAUGAACUGUGCAUUGAUGCCGCCAAGUGUUUUGCCAAGUGGUGCAAUGAGAACUCGACAAAGCUGGAGAACCUGGCAACGGUGAUGACACUUUACAGCAAGCGAUGCUUUCUAAAGGAAAACUCUCAGUGGAUCAAGUGCGUUGUCAAGUACCUCUACGACGCGUACCCGAAUUCUUUUGUCAAUAUUGUGCCUUUCCUUGUGGAGAUUGCCGAAAAGGGUCCGCCGAUGCUGUUGAACCAUAUCCUCUCGAUUUUGCACUUUAUGCUAAUCUACAUUGACGUCUCUACUGCUCGACUGAUUAAUGCUGAUAUUCUCCGAGUGGCCAACAAGUACAUCGAAGGGCCGCAGUGGAAGGAGGCGUUGAAAAUUCUCAAGCUGUCCGUCUCUCGAUCUUCCAGUCUGGCAGCCCCUAGCUACUCCAGUUCGGCAAACUAUCCUUCAAGCAUCAUCUCUAACAUCGUCUCUUCGGGGCCCUAUCUGGACUGCAUCAGCAUUGCCUCAAGCAGCUUUGCCGAAAGCGAGUUCAGCUCCUUCAAGCAGCGAGAGCUACCGGGAAGGACGAUGAACUUUCACAUUGACCUCAGCCAGACGCACAUUGUUGGCUACAAGUUCAUUCAAAAGCGACAGCAGCUGUGCAGCAAUGUACAAGACACACAAGAGACGAUCACCGCCCAGGAGCAGCAGCAAAGUAGCAGCGCCGAAACGGUGGCGGAGAAGCGAAGCAAUGGCAGAGACACGAGAAUCCCCCUGGAGAAGCUGUUUGAGGUGAAGGAGGCCAUCUUCAUACCGCAGGAGAGGGAGAACAACUCCUCCAACACGCUGAGCAAACAGCGCAGCACUGCCUCUGCGCAGAUUCGCAUCAAGGAGCGCCUCAUUGGCCUGCUGAACCGAUGUGGACAGCGAAUUGGCGGCCUGCCAAAGAGUCCGUCGGUUAUCUUCUCGCAAAACAGUGACGUCAUUGAGUGUCACAAGUCAUCGAUGGCCUCCUCGGUGGAGGACAUCUCGGCGACCAACAACGACGUGUCGAAUGACUCGAAGCACGACGACACUGCCCACGGAGAGUUUGCCUUCUUCAAGGAAUUCGACUUUUUGGAGUACGAGCUGGAGAGUCAAGAAGGAGAGAGCCUGGACAACUUCAACUGGGGUGUGAGACGCAAGUCACUGUCCAAUCUGGACAACAGUCUCACUGAUCACGAGAAGAUUAGCCUGGAGGCGCCUAAUGGUGGCGGCGGUGGUGGCGGCGGCGGUGGCGGUGGCAUGAGCGGUGCCAAUUCCUACUCCACUGGAACGUUGAAGCCCAGCCGAGGUGAUCAGGGUGACCAGCGAACGUCGAUUGUGGUCAGCGGACUGCCGCCGCACGUGAAGAACAGUCAGAAGGACGACUUUAGCUCGGACGACGAGAUGGAGAGUGUGUCGCCGCUGGCAAUUGAGCUGACAAAGAAGUGCUGCGAUUUGCUGCCGGCCAACAGCCCGGACACUCACACGCAGAUCGUCUCCAGCAAGUUCCUCGAGCUACUGGACAUUGUCUCCUUUUCUGUCGAUUUUCCCUUCAUCUUCAUUGACCCUAAGCUCUUCAUCACCGUGAACAAACUGCUGGAGGACCACCAGUAUGCCAUCCUGGAGUUGCAGGCUCACUGGGAGACGUUCAACGAGAAGCGUGACUCGCUGAUGGCAGUCACCGAAAAGUGCUCAAAGAUAGUGCGACAGACACCGGAAGGGCCCAUUGUGGAGCAGAUUCACCUGAGCAAACUGUGCAAGAUGAUGUACAAGAUGCACUUUCAGCUAUUUUUGCUGUUUGAAAGCUACCUCAAAAUUGUCGAUUUGCUCAAAUCCAUUUCUGAGCACGCUGAGGUGCAAAACUAUUCAACUGAAAUAAGCAACAUCAAGAAGGAGCUAUCCAAGUGUUUGUCCACUGUCAUUGAAGACCUUGCUAAUGGAUCAUCAGAGUCUGGCUCGGAGUUUAGCUCACUGCCAAUUGAAGGAAGUUCACUGACAAAAGACAAUGAACAAGAGCUAAAGGAGCUUAUCCAGGCAGGACAGUUCGCAAAAGCAGUAAAACUUGUGCAUGUUUUCAAGGAAAAUAUACCAG